AUGGACAACACCUAUUUCACCGAUCCUCAGUACAACAUGUCAAAUGUCACUCGUGCUUCCUAUUCAAAGAGUAGCAGUGCUACAUGCGCCAAUGCCAAACCGAGUGAGGACUGGACGAAGAUGACGGACUUAGCAGAAAGAAGGAGAGUCCAAAAUAGAAUCGCUCAACGCAACUAUCGCCAGAAGAUGAAGCAGAAACUGGACCGAGCAGGAGAAUAUGAAAGACGUGCAGCUUCCUCAUCCCCUCCAACAACCAAUGCGCCGCUGCUGUCGAGCCCAGAAACCCGAGACAGAAGCUCGUCGACUGGUGCAUCUCUCAAUACAAGCUUUGCGCCUCAUUCGCAGAUGUCUACGUACCAAGAUCCAUUUGGCCAGCAGUACGGAUCAGCGUAUGACCCUCAGUUCCCGGCAGGAAGUGAGGCGUACUUGAAGCAACCGAUGGCACAAAUGCCGACUUCCUUCAUGUAUCCUGGGUACCCUCAACCUGUUUCAGCUGGCUACGCGUCUUUCCCUCAGAACACCGCCUAUACAGAGAUGCGGCCUAUGAAUGUGCCAUAUCCCAGCUCCAUAAAUCAAGGGCAGUAUAUCGGUCACGGAUCAACCGGGACGACUACUACCGGACACCCCAUUACACCAAUUACUCCUACAAGUCAGGUAGAUCGCUAUCCUCAAGACGCUGGACCUCUAUGUGGCAUGGAUUCUACAGGACAAUACGGCAAUACUCAGGUGUCGACCUCUCAAGCCUAUUCCGCUUCGACUACUUCAUCCUACCUAACACCGAUCCCAACCGACACCGCCCUCGCCGAAUUCCACGGCCACCUCGACAUCACAGCCCUCGGCGGCGCCGGAUUCGCCUCCCAGCGCACCACCUCAGCCACCACCACCUGGGAUCUAUCCGCCUACGAUGGAAUCAACUUAAGCAUCGAAGACGGAGACGAGAAGAUGUACACCUUCAUCCUCAAGGACGAGCUGUUGGAUCCCGAUCCAGAGAGCGGGAGGGAGCGGGCGAGUGUGAAUUGGGAGGUUGAUUUCAAGGUGCCGGAGAGGAAGGCUGAAGAAGAGGAGGAGGAGGAGGAGGAGGGGGUGGUGGAUGGGAAGGGAAGACGAAAGGGAGGUAGAGCUGGGGUGUUGUAUAUACCCUGGAAGGACUUCAAGCCAACGUAUAGAGGGAGGGAGGUGAAGGAUGUGGAGAAGCCAAUUAAUCUGGAGAAUAUUAGGAGGGUGAGCUUGAUGACGAGGAGUUUCUUCGGCACGCAAGAAGGCGAUUUCAGCUUGACGUUGCGGUCGAUUGAGGCGGUCACGGUGGACAAGGAGGGGGAAGAUGGGUCCGUGUCAGCAGGGAAGGCAGAUGGGGAUGGCGAAGAUCAAUACUCGGACCCAGGUCAGGAGUAUUCAAUACGCAAGCGUUCAGGAGAGCUUGAAGGAGGAAUGACCGCUCAACAACAGCCCAGACAGAGCUGGCUGCAGUGGGUAUGGGCAAGGUGCUUCAAUCGAUAA